UAAACAACGUCCAUUAUGGAUCAGUACACAGGACCCGUCGACAUGGUCUGUCUGAACGAUGGAAAAGGGUCGGAGAGGUUGAUUGGAUCUCUGCCGGUGGACAGCGUGAGGGCCCUGGCCACAUCUCUCACUCCCACAGAUCACAUUCCUACAAGAUACAUCCGACCCGAAGUCGAAUCCGAGGCCAUCAUCAUCCCAGGCUCCGAGCACGAUGACAUCCCAGUCAUUGAUUACCACGUACAAACUACUCGACCCGGAGCUCUCUGACGCCGAGUGCUCCAAGCUUCACCUCGCUUGUCAAAACUGGGGUUUCUUUCAGUUGAUAAACCAUGAUGUUCCAAAGGAGGUAAGUAAGAGGAUGAUGUUUGUGAUUGAAGAGUUCUUCAAGCUUUCAUUAGAUGAGAAGAAGCAGUUCAAGCAGCCUCCUGGACAAGUUCAAGGUUUUGGCCAGUGGUUUGUUUUUUCUGAGGAGCAGAAGUUAGACUGGGCCGACAUGCUCUUCUAUCAUAUUUCGCCUUCUCACUUAAAAAAAAUGGAAUUAUGGCCUUCAAAGCCAUCUGCUUUCAGGGAUGCGUUCGAUGAGUAUACAACGGAGGUGAACAGAUUGGCGAAUUGUCUUCUAGGAUUUAUGGCUAAAAACUUGGGACUUAAUCCUUCAGAGAUAAUAGGAAAUUCAGAGAAUGAAACUCAAUCUGUGAGGAUAAACUGCUACCCUCCCUGUCCUGAGGCUAAGAAAGUGUUGGGCUUGUCCCCUCACUCUGACGCAUGCAGUUUAACUCUUGUUCUUCAAGUGAAUGAUGUUACAGGGCUGCAAAUCAGGAGAAAUGAUAAGUGGCUCCCUAUCAAGCCUAUUCCUGGUGCUUUUGUUGCUAAUAUGGGAGAUGCCUUGGAGGUAAUUAGCAAUGGAAAAUACAAGAGCAUAGAGCACAGGGCAGUCACAAACACACAGAAAGAACGCUUCUCAAUUGCAGCAUUUCAUGGUCCAAACUUUAAUGCCACAGUUAGACCCCAUCCAGAUCUUGUUUUGAAGGGUGAGCCACUCUACAAGAGUAUGGACUACCAGAGCUUUAUAAAACUCUUCCUCGCAUCUAAACUGGAUGGAAAGAAAUUCAUGGAUGACAUCAAGCUGAACAAAUAAAUGAAUAAUGCGACUUGUACUAUCUCAAGUA